AUGGACUUUAUAUUAAAACAUGCCAAAGACAUUGAAGGCCUUUUUCGAAUUUCCGGUCAUGCCGGAGACGUUUUAAAAUUAAAAUCAAAAUUAAAUUCAGGAGAAGCUAUUGAGUUGAGUGAAAUUGAAAAUAUUCAUAAUGUGGCAUCGUUGGUGAAGAUGUAUUUUAGGGAAUUACCAAAUCCGUUGAUCAGCUUUGAGUGUUAUGACAUGUUCAUGAUUGCAGAUUCAAUUCCAGAUUUCUGCUCGAGAUUGGAAUGUUUGAAAAAGCUGUUGGCUUAUUUGCCACCAACGAAUCAAAUAAUAUUGCAACAAUUAUGUUUAUUUUUAAGUGAAUUAGCAAAAAACAGUGAAAAGAAUCGAAUGAAUAUAGAAAAUUUGGCAAUUGUCUUUUCUCCAAAUAUUUUGAGAGCUCCAGACAGUAAACAGAAAGAUCCACUUCUCGUGUCACAUCCUUUUCUGGAGAGUCAAGAACCAUUAUCACAAAGCGAUAACAUUAUGAACUUUCAGGAAUUUAUGGAACACAAAUCUACCAGUCAAAUAAGACAACAAGGAUCUGCUUCGUCCACCAAUGAUCCUCAAACAAGUAUAAAUCUCACUUCACCUAUUCAAAUGAAAGUUUCAGAACAAAUAUUUGGAACGAGCGCUCAAGAAGUGACUUCAAGUGUGAAACUAUUAAGCGAAAAAAUUACACAACAAAUUCAAGAUUCCCAUCCAUUCAAAUAA